UUGCAUUUUAAUCGUACAGACAGACAAUUCUCUCAAACUCGACCCAAGUCAAAUGUAUUUUCUGCUUCCUCCCUUCCCUGCGCAACUCGUUUUCCGCACUUCUACAGCCAGAGUCUUUUUUUAUACUUUCCCAUUGCUUUCGUUCUUGGCCAUCGCCUCCGCAGCAGCCGUGCUCUUCAAGCGUACAAGUGCCGGGGUGUAUUCAAUAAUACUAUGUUUCGUUGCUUCUUCACAUCCAACAGUAAACAACGAGUUCUUUAUAAUUCAAACCCUUCCUUCACUACUUUUGCUGCCUCUCCUCUACUCCCACCACCACCACUGCUGGAAAAUAAUAAAUCCACUUUUCUUUUGAAACUCCAAAAUAACAAUCCGCUCAUAAAACCUGCUCCUACUCGAAUUCCGUUGCAGGAGUUAGUCAAUCAUUAUAAAUUAUCUCAAUCUUACCUAGAAAAUACUCCCAUUUUACCACAUGAUCCACAUUGGAAUUCUUUUGAUGUAUAUGAAGAUUUGAUUCAUGCAUAUAAAGAUUCUUGUUGCCGAAAGAAGUCUAGACAGUUCCAUUCAAAGAUAUUUAAGUAUGGGUUUGAUAGUGAUUUGUUUUUAUGCAAUACCCUUAUUAAUGGUUAUGUUAGAAGUGGUGAUUUGGUGUCAGCUGGUAAGUUAUUCAAUGAAAUGCCGGAGAAGAAUGGUGUUACAUGGGCAUGUUUGAUUUCAGGGUAUACCCACAAUGGCAUGCCUGAGGAGGCAUGUGAGAUUUUCAAAGGGAUGAUUUCUGAAGGGUGUUUGCCUAAUCGCUUUGCUUUUGGUGGUGCUCUUCAAGCUUGCAAGGAGCUUAAACUUGGGAUGCAAAUUCAUGGGAUGAUUUUGAAGUCUCCCUAUGCAGGUGAUGUGGUUUUGUCAAAUGUGUUGAUAUCAAUGUAUGGAAAUACUAUGGGCUCUGUUGACCAUGCUCGUCACGCUUUUGAUGAAAUAAAUGUUAGGAAUUCAAUAUCAUGCAAUUCUAUAAUAUCAGUUUAUUCUCAAAGAGGAUAUGCAGCUUCUGCCUUUGAAAUAUUCUCUAGCAUGCAGAGAGAUGGUUCUGGGUUCGAUUUUAAACCAAAUGAGUAUACAUUUGGAAGCUUGAUAACUGCAGCUAGGUCUGCCAUCAAUUCCAGUAUGCAUUUGUUGGAGCAGAUGCUAACAAAGGUUAUAAAAUUUGGAUUUCUCUCGGAUCUCUAUGUGGGUAGUGCCUUAGUUAGUGGUUUUGCAAAGUUUGGAUUGUCUGAUUAUGCAAUGAAGAUUUUUGAGCAGAUGAGUGUGAGAAAUGCAGUCUCUGUGAAUGGCUUGAUGGUUGGAUUGGUGAAGCAGAGGUGUGGAGAAGAAGCUGCUGAAGUAUUCAUGGAGAUGAGAAAUUUGGUUGAUAUAAAUCUUGAUUCAUAUGUGAUUUUAUUAAGCGCAUUUGCUGAAUUUGCAAUGUCAGAGGAAGGGAGGAGAAAGGGCAAGCAGGUUCACGGAUAUGCAAUCCGAACUGGGUUGAAUGACAUCAAGAUUGCUAUUGGAAAUGGGCUUAUCAAUAUGUAUGCUAAAUGUGGUGCUAUUAAUGAUGCUAGAUCAGUUUUUAGGCUCAUGGCUGACAAGGAUUCAGUCUCCUGGAAUUCCAUCAUUUCUGGUCUCGACCAAAAUGACUGUUUUGAAGAUGCAAUCAAGUGGUACCAUGCGAUGAGGAGAAUUGGAUUUAUGCCUUCCAAUUUCACAUUGAUAAGUUCUUUAAGCUCAUGUGCAAGCUUGGGGUGGAUCAUAUUAGGCCAGCAAAUACACAGUGAGGGGCUUAAAUUGGGACUUGAUUUGGAUGUUUCAGUUUCAAAUGCGCUUCUUGCAUUAUAUGCUGAAACUGGAUAUCUUGCUGAGUGUCAGAAAGUUUUCUCCUUAAUGCAGGGGUAUGAUCAAGUAUCAUGGAAUACAGUAAUUGGAGCAUUGGCUGAUUCAGAGGUAUCAAUUCUGGAAGCUGUAGAAUUUUUCAGGAAGAUGAUGAGAGCUGGAUGGAGUCUUAACAGAGUGACCUUCAUAAACAUUCUAGCAGCUACAUCAUCUCUUUCACAGAUUGGAUUGAGCCAGCAGAUUCAUGCGCUAAUGCUGAAAUACAACAUUGUAGAUGACAGUGCUAUUGAGAAUGCACUUCUUGCUUGCUAUGGCAGGUGUGGAGAAAUGGAUUAUUGUGAGAAAAUCUUCUCUAGAAUGUCUGAAAGAAGAGAUGAAGUUAGUUGGAAUUCCAUUAUUUCUGGACACAUACACAAUGAAUGCUUGCCCAAGGCCAUGGAUCUGGUCUGGCGUAUGAUGCAAAAGGGUCAGCGAUUGGACUGUUUCACCUUUGCCACUGUUCUUAGUGCUUGUGCCUCUGUUGCAACAUUAGAGCGUGGCAUGGAAGUCCAUGCCUGUGCAGUAAGAGCUUGCUUAGAAUCUGAUGUUGUGGUUGGAAGUGCACUUAUUGACAUGUACUCAAAAUGUGGAAGGAUAGAUUAUGCAUCAAGAUUUUUUGAGUUGAUGCCUGUGAGGAAUGUGUACUCCUGGAACUCAAUGAUCUCAGGUUAUGCACGUCAUGGACGUGGAAAUGAGGCUCUGACACUUUUCACUCAAAUGAAGCUUGAUAAUCAAUUACCAGAUCAUGUCACCUUUGUUGGGGUUCUUUCGGCUUGUAGUCAUGUUGGUUUGGUUGAUGAAGGAUACAACCAUUUCAAAUCCAUGACCGAAGCAUAUGGAUUGGUUCCUAGGAUAGAGCAUUAUUCAUGCAUGGUAGAUCUCCUUGGACGGGCAGGUGAACUUGAUAGGAUAGAGAACUUCAUCGAUACAAUGCCGAUCGAACCUAAUGCUCUUAUUUGGAGGACAAUUUUAGGUGCUUGCUCCAGAGCAAAUGGUCACAAGACUCAGUUAGGUAAAAGAGCUGCUAAAAUGCUUAUGGAUUUGGAACCUCAAAAUGCUGUGAAUUAUGUUCUUCUUUCUAACAUGUUUGCUUCGGCGAGGAAGUGGGAGGACAUGGCAAAGGCUAGGCGGGCAAUGAGAGAGGCAGCAGUGAAGAAGGAAGCUGGAUGCAGUUGGGUAACCAUGAAGGAUGGAGUUCAUGUUUUUGUGGCUGGGGAUAAAUUGCACCCUGAAAGAGAUUUAAUUUACAAAAAGCUCAAGGAACUCAACAGAAAAAUUAAGGAUGCAGGAUAUGUGCCUGAGACAAAAUUUGCAUUGUAUGAUCUUGAACCAGAGAACAAUGAAGAACUCCUGAGCUACCACAGUGAGAAACUUGCAGUUGCUUUUGUCCUCACUCGCAAUUCAGGGUUGCCAAUUAGGAUAAUGAAAAACCUACGAAUUUGCGGUGACUGUCACUCUGCCUUUAAAUACAUAUCGAAAGUUGUUGGCCGUCAAGUAGUGUUACGAGAUUCAAAUAGGUUUCAUCACUUUGUGGAUGGUAAUUGUUCUUGUGGGGACUACUGGUAAUUUACAUAUUGGCUCAGUUCUUGAAGUUACUAGUGGAUCAAACCCGGAUCUAAAACCUGAUGCAUUAGAAAUUGAAUUCGGCCUCAAUUGACUUUGCAAAAUAUUUUAUUGUAUCAUUUUUACAGAGAUGAUGAAGAACUGAGAGCAUGAACAAAGAGUGUAGUCAAUGUAAAGUCCUCAAGGUCUACAUUUCAAAAUGGUGGCAUUUUUUGUGACUGUAUUGUCAAAGGCUGAGAAGUUAAAGCAAGCCUUGAGAAAUUACCUUGUGGGUUGUUUUGCUGUGUUCUAGGUAUGGCCGAAACCUUCAGCUGUCUUAAACAAGCAAUCAAACAACAUUAAGGUGUGCAAGUUAAAAUAUCUUUUAUUACCAUUGGCUGUGAAGCCGUCAGUAAUACAUUGAUGUGGAAGCAGCAAUGCCCAUGUGGAGAUUGGAAUUGCUGUACUAAGAGUGAAGGAGAUUAUCAGACAGUCAUUGAGCUCACAUCUCGGUAAGAGUGUGAUUAUGUCAAUGUCAGCAAGGAAGUUGUUUUCACUUGUGCGGGUCAAAUUCGCAAAGUUAUGAUAAUGCUUUUGAGUAUUACGUCAAUUUGGCUAGCAGAAUCAGUUUUCAACGAGGAAAAGAAAAGGCAUGAUUGGGAAUCAUGGCUUUUAAUUCUUACUAACCUGCUUUUGAUCAACUAAAGCAUGGAUUGGGAAUCAUGGCUGAGAAGUUGCUAAGAAUGUUAUUCAUGCCUUUCAGCUAGGCCGUAUCUGUAAUCAUGAGUUGUUCUAGCACAAUCAAGUGCAUUUGGUAGAAGGCUGAUCAAGGGUGAAUUUUCUACUAUGUAAAGUAGGGUUUCCUAUCUGGCAUACACCUGGUAAAUUUUCUUCUUUUUCUGCAGGUUUGUAUUUGAUGCAUGCAUACUACUGGGAGAGAAGACAUCCUAUCUGGUAUAUACUGCUGUAGGUUAUCUGGGGAUAUCUGUAUUAAAUGAUCUGGCGAAAGAGGUGCUUUCAGAAAAAAGUUAGUUUGAUUAUUGUACAUAACAAGAAGCUGCAUUUAGUAACUGACUUUUCUAGCUAGAUUGUGAUAUGAUGUUUCAAAUCAAAAAUGCAUUCAAAGAUUUCUCCGGAUGGCAAAUUUAUUUCCUUAUUAUGCUUUCAUCUUAGCAGCACUGCAGUAGAUAUCAUUAGUGUGUAUGCUUGUCAAUGUUAGUAUUCCAUUCUAAGAUGCUUUGGUGCCUUCUCUUGUUCUAAAAAUUUGUAUACAUAACGGUGCUGUUUUCUUAUGAUACCCUUGGACUGUGUGUUCAUUACACUACUGUUUCCUCCCCCACAACUUCCCCCCUUUUUAACUUUGGAGUGUUGGUAGCUUUUAUAUUUUUCGUUAUAUGUACUUGAAGACUUCCUAUCACUUCUGAUCAUUCUAAACAUUGUUUCUCUUCUUACUGUUAGGUCAUUCUGAGAUGAUCUGUACUUAAUACCUCCCAUUUUGGACUUUCAACCCCUAUGACAAUAAUAUCUUUAGAAAUAAACAACCCUUAUGUUUUUGUUUUGGUAAUUAUCUCUCUCUCUCUCUCUCUCUCUCUCUCUCUCUCGUUUUUGGACUUGGUAUGCAUGUCCUUUUUUCCCAACCAUAUGGGUUGAUAUAUAUUUGUCAGACAACUAUAGAAAUGGAUGCUUUCCUGUGUUAUUGGAAAAAAUUAGUCCUUUAUGUUUGUUCACAUGGACACUGAUAAGUUGAUUUUUAUGCUUAAAAUUUGGAUCUUGAAAGUAUGACGACUAUCAACCUCAUAGAUAGUUGUUUUCAGAUUUUGAGCAGAUGUAAGGUUUAAUGAGUUUUACAUUUUCUUUUGUUUCCCUUUUCAGCCCUAGGCAGGUUUUCAUGUGGUUUGUUACCAUACUUUUACUUGGGCAUUGAUUCUCUUAUUAGUUAAUAAAGUUUGUACUUCACAAGUGCUGAGGACAUGUUGCAGCCAUCUUGUUGCUAGGCUAGGUGUUUGCUUGAGCAAUAACUUCUGUUUAUCGGGUUCUUAUGGUUGCUUUCUAAGCUGCAUAUUCCUUCCUUAUAAUCUUGAUGGUAUUCCGAACAUCCUUUUCCUUUUCUACACUUAGUUUUGUUCUUUUGAGCGGGAUUGUUUGUUUAACAGUUGUUAUGAUAUUUUUCCUUCUUUACACGCACACCACACACAGACACACAUGCUGGACAUGCAUCGUAAAAACUGAUGUUUCAGGUGGAAGCAAUUCAGUCUUCUAGAGGGCCAAUGGCUGCUGAUGGAAUGGAAGAUGUCCUUGAAGAGGAGGUGGGAUAUUGUGGAAAGAGAACCAAUGGCCUAUAAAGCGAGAAUGCAAAAGGCAAAGAAGUUUGAGCAAUUUAAGGGACAAAAUGUGUGGCAAGCACCAAAGGGAUAUAAACUAAAUAGGGAGGCUUCUCAAGAAACUAUGAUGGAAUUCAUCGUCCAGUGUGUCUGGUGGUUUGCAGCUUGUAUAUCCGAAUCAGCGUCAACAGAGAAGCCAAUGUAUUGUAAUAAAGCUGGUGCUGCAAUGGAAUUGUCAUAUUGGCCCAUCAAUCACCAGAUCAAGUUGCUCAGUUCCCUUCGGGAUUUUAUGUGCUUAACCAACAUCAUCCUCCUCUUGUUCCUUGGUUCGAUGUUACAUCCUAGAGUUUGUUUUAGUUCUUAUUGAGAAUUAGCUUCCCAGUGCUUAGAAGUUCUUGUUAAAUCGAUUUAAAAUUUUAAUUUUAAAUAAAUUGUAUAUUACUAUUAAAUUUAGGAGACAAAUUGAGCAUUUUACUUUUUCUUUUCACAAAUUGGAGAAAACACUUGUUAACAUAUUAUUUAUUUAUAAUAAAUUUUCCAUAUUAUGCUUGUCCAAAA